GCGUUCUAUUUCAACCAAACUCAACGAUCGUCUGAGUUUACUGUAUGAUCAUAAAUGAUUAGCGAUCGGUGGUGUUAUUGUUAGUAUAGAAAAUUUUAGUAAAUGUUAUAUUACGUUUUAUUAUAGAUAUAAAUUAUAAAAUUGGGAUAAUGGCAUCCCCUCGUCCGAAAUCGCCUCGGCCUCCAAUUUCAUCUAAAAAAGAUGAAAAAGAAGAAAGUUUUUGGGAUAAAAUUGGAACUCUUGGUCGAAAAAAAAGAAUCAAAGAAGUGCAAGAAGUUCAAGAAGAAGGUAAAUAUGCUAUUGAUUCUCCUGGAUAUGCUGCUACACCCGAUAUGCCACCAGAAGAAUAUGCUCUCGAUGAGAAUGAGGAACGUUCAAUGAUAGAACCAAGAUCAUUAGAAGAUUCAAAACUUCAGGAACUUAUAUAUGUUCUAUUAGAAUGGAUUAAUGAUGAACUAGCUAAUCAACGUAUUAUUGUAAAAGAUAUCGUAGAAGAUCUAUAUGAUGGACAAGUAUUGCAAAAGCUUUUAGAGAAAUUGACUGGAGAGAAAUUAGAUGUACCGGAAGUUACACAAUCAGAAGAAGGGCAGAAACAAAAGUUGGCUGUUGUUUUAGGAGCUAUAAAUCGUAUAUUGGGACGAUAUCCACCUUAUAAAUGGAGUGUUGAAUCUGUUCGUUCAAAAAAUAUUGUCCCUAUCUUACAUAUAUUAGUUGGUUUAGCACGACAGUUUCGAGCACCUGUCAGAUUACCAGAAAGAGUAGCAGUUCAAAUGGUAGUGGUGAAAAAAAAAGAUGGCCAAUUAAUGCAUAGAACGGUACGAGAAGAAAUUACUUCUAUUUAUGAUGAUCUAGGGAUGCGUUGCGAAAGAGAUGCAUUUGACACAUUAUUCGAUCAUGCACCAGAUAAACUUGCAGUUGUUAAAAAAUCUUUGAUUACUUUUGCUAAUAAACAUUUAAGCAAAGUGCAUUUGGAAGUAACAGAUCUUGAUACACAAUUUCAUGAUGGAGUCUUUUUGACAUUAUUACUAGGACUCUUGGAGGGAUUUUUUGUUCCAUUAGGUAGUUUUCAUUUGACACCAAAAACGCAUGAUCAAAAAGUUCAUAAUGUUUCUUUUGCGUUUGAUAUUAUGCAAGAUAUAGGAUUACCUAAACCUAAGGCAAGACCCGAAGACAUUGUAAAUUUGGACUUGAAAUCCACACUUCGUGUUUUAUAUAAUCUUUUUACAAAAUACAAAGGUUUAAAUUGAUAUAUUUUUAUAAAAAUAAAUGAAAGAGGAGUAUAUAUAUAACGUUGACAGAUUAAAUAUGAUUAUGUUAAUUUGUUUAAUCAUAUUACUGUACUAACUAAAAAGUAUGUCACAUCUUUUGAUUAUUAACAAUUAGAAACUGCCA